GAACAAUCAACACCUGAUCCUACAGAGCAGCUUCAAAAAACCCACCUAAGACCAUGGCUUGUGCCUCCCCCUCUCCCUGAGAUUUUCAUAGUAAUCUCCAAUGUUACGGCAAUUUUGCCGGCCCCCCUGCAAGGGAAGCUGAGUCUGCUGCUCACUGGUUGGGUUGUAACAUCUCGCUCUUUGCAUUGAUUUUUCCUCCCUUCCCUGACUUACUUCAUGAAAAGCACAGAAAGCUGGUGGUCUGUACAGAGAAGCCUUCCGAGACCCCUGUCUUUAGCAUGCAACAACCCCUGUCUCAUUUCCAGAGAGCUGAUUUGGAUUAUAAAUUCCUUUGUAAAUGUGUAUGGUGAUAUUUGCUCCGCUUUUUGCAAUCUUUGCAUUUGCAACAUGUGGUGGUUACUCUGGAGAACUGAGAGUCAGCGUGGACUGUGCCAACAAAACCCAGAGCGACCUCAGCAUUGAUAUCGCCAUCAACUAUCCAUUUAGGUUGUACCAAGUGAAUUUUGAUGCACCCACAUGUGAAGGCAAGAGGCGUGAGAAACUCUCAUUGAUAGGGGACCUCUCAUCUUCUGCCGAGUUCUUUGUCACCAUUGCGGUGUUUGCCUUCCUCUACUCCUUGGCCGCUACAGUCGUGUACAUUUUCUACCAGAAUAAAUAUCGGGAAAACAACAGGGGGCCCCUAAUUGAUUUUAUUGUGACCGUGGUGUUCUCCUUCCUGUGGCUGGUGAGUUCCUCUGGCUGGGCUAAAGGACUUUCAGAUGUUAAGGUUGCCACUGACCCAGAUGAAGUCCUCUUACUUAUAUCAGCUUGCAAGCAGCCCACUAACAAGUGCACGUCCGUGCGAGGCCCCGUUAUGUCAAUCUUGAAUACUUCAGUGGUCUUUGGCUUCCUAAACUUUAUUCUCUGGGCUGGAAAUAUUUGGUUUGUUUUUAAAGAGACUGGCUGGCACGCUUCAGGAGUGCAGAGAUAUCCUCAGGAGACCAGAGAAAAGCCUUCCAGCAACUAUAACCAGUCACUAAACCAAGGAGUCUACAGUCAAGACAGCUAUGGGCAAACUCCAGGGUACAACCAGCAGCAAGGGGGGUAUGGCCAACAACCCAGCUUGGGCCAAACAGGUGGACUUGGCCAACAAAAUUAUAACCAGGCUCAAUAUAACCAAACAGGUCCAACUGACUUUGCCAAUCAAAUUUAAUAUGGAAAAACAAAAAUGAUAUAUCUUAUUUAUUGCAGACAGCUUGACAAGAUACCUUUACAGGGAGAUAAAUGGUUUCCAUUCCAGUGACGGAAUAACAAAGCUGGUUCAAUAGUCGUAGCUGAUGGUUUGUACCUUACAAGACCCGCUGAUCCUGAUCAUUAAGACGUGCAAAUGAUUUGUCUUUCCUGUGUUAAAGUCGUGAGCGAAUUUUGUAAUCUCAGCAAAUUUCACGUGAUGAUAAAAUCCAGUGCAUUUUGUUUUCAAUUAUUUAAUUUCAUUCUCUGCAUGCCGUGUGUACCCUCCGCCCCGUGGGAUCGUUCAACCCAACAUUCUUCAUGUAUUUGUGCAUGACUGUGGCAAAACAAAAAAGGGUUUUAAUAGAUUUCAAAUUUUUAAUCUGUAAAAUUAUUUUUAUAAAAUGUAAAAGGCUGUCGGUGCUUAGUCUGGUCCUGGACUUUGAGUUUCGUUAUUCUUAUAAUUAAUUUUCUUCAUUUAUAAUGAAAAGAAAAAUCAAGGGCUCGUUUAACGGCAGUUGCGGUCACGCAGAAACAGGCACAGCACAAUACCAUGCGUCCAAACUUGGACUCGUAAAUGAAACUUCCAGUGUUGUAUUUUUAACUUAAAAGAACUGUUGGAUAUUGAAAAUUCACAAAGAAAUUUAGAACCCAAAGUGGACUCAGCUAAGGCGUUGCUACAAUUGGUUAAUUUAAUUUAUCUAUACCAAUCACAAUGCUAGUUUAUUAGCUAGAAGAGGAGACUAUGGGGCAUAUUUCCAGCACAGAGCGAAGUUAGAAUUUAAAUUUUCUGGGCUUUGAUGGUUUUUAUAACAAUGUCCAUAUUCCAGUGUUUAAUGUUUACAGUAUAGCAAUUGAAAAGGCAAGUUCAUAUAAUAAAACCCGGGUUUUUGUGUUGGACAUGAGUAUUGUAUCCGACGCUGUUGCAUUUUGAUUGGUUAAUUCUUGAAUUACCAACAAACCAAAAAAAGGUGGUUUGUGUCAAUGGGGCUCAUUUAUCAACACUGGACAAAUUUGCCCAUUGGUAGUAACCCAUAGCAA